CAGUCCGCAGAAACACUGAAGCAGAGCGCAGCGAAGGAGCGCAGCUCAUCCAGAUCGGUGCCAGACGCACAGCGCGUUUUGGUUAUUUUUAUUAGAGAAACUUUCUUCGCUUUUUUUAUUUUUAUUUUUUUAAGAAAAGCAAAACCUUUAAUUCAAAUUGCAAACAAUGGUUUAUUAGUUAAAGGAUACCUUUGGAUUGAAGUGAUCCACUCCUUACGCGCAGGAACCUUGUUCAGGUGAAAGUGAUUAUUUCCUCUUAGCGCGGCAGCUUGGGCUGAUUUCUUUAUUUAAAAAAGCAGAAGAAAAAAAAAACAGAAACCAAAACUCGCCAGGUUGACUUUAUCUGGGAGGUUUUUGCUGCUGAGCUGUCCCAGAAAUGGUGGGGCACCUACAUUUACAAGCGAUGGAUGACAGCCUUAAAGGAAAGAACCGGGAAGGGCUCCUCGACAGUCCGGAUUCGGGCCUGCCCCCCAGUCCCAGUCCGCCCUUCUGCUCUCUGUCUCCGGCUCCCAUCGAGACGCGCUCCGGCGGCUGCGCGACGCCUGUUGACAGCAUUCCUGGAUGUUACAGAAAGGAGAACAGAGAAGGAAAACUGCUGCCCUACCUGCUGCCGAACUAUACAGGAACAGACCUAAAGUCUCGCAUGCACCCGGUGUUUUACGGAGAAAGCAUCGAAGUCAACCCCAAACCGGAGCAGGAAAUCAAGUGCACAUCUGCGGUCAAGUAUGACUCCGACAAGCAUUACAGAGACCGGGUUUUGUGCGCCCCGGUUCCUACGCCCACCUCCUUCAGCGAAACGGUGGUGGCCGUGCGGAACUGCACUUGGAGAAGCUACAAGUCGCAGGUUUAUCUGGAGCCCAGGCAGAAGCCCGUCAGCUACCAAAGCACCACCAUCAUCUACCCCAAACACGCCAAGAACACUUACCGCACCACCCUCAACUACAACCCCACAGGCUGCCGCCGCUGGUUCGUGUCCACGGUGCAGCUGGAGUCCAGCGAGGAUACGACCCCCUGCGUCAUCUACACAGAGGACCUGUAGGGCCCCGGGAGAGGGGUUCUGCUUCGAGAGACUCUUUUUGAACUUUUUCUUUUGUCUUUUUCUGACGAUAAGGAAUUUGAAAAGAUCCACACUGAAAGGGAAGUACCUGCAGCCAUUGCCUGGAGCUUUAAGACCCCGCUCUUUAAACUCUGGGAACCAGUCAGAUUAUUUUGAUUUCUUACUGUUGCAGUCCCGAAUCGGACCCUCUGUGCUCUGCAGCUGCACUACGGUGGUUAAUGUCUUAUUUGAUACAAGAGCUAGCAACCUGGGAGCCCGUGCUCUGCGUUCGGAUGGUACUGGACCCUGGUGUCUGUAUAUAGGGGGAAGAAUUAAAUCGACACGUGCUGUGGAUCUUACCCAGUCACACCAACGCAAAGUGUUCAGAAUAUGGCUUUAUUGCACUUGUUUUCUACAUGUCACAGUUCCCUCAGAGGAGCUGGCGUAGCGGUGGGGAAUUUCUGUGCUGCCUCUGAAAAGUGGACCAAAAAGUUUGUUUUCUUUGAGUAACUCCGUACACUCAGACUGAAAGCUGGUCAGCAGAGAGCAUCAAGUGUUCAUUAGAAAGCCGGUGUUCUGUCAGGUGAGCAUACCCGGUCAGAUCCAUAGCCGAAACCCGUUUAUCCCUUCAGUUUUGUACGAAAAAUACAUUUUAAACUACCUCAACGGGCGUGUAUCGCUUUAGCCAUGUACAAAAAAAAACCAUUUAAUUACUUAGUUUUUGGUGUUUUUUGAAGCAUAUGGCAUUUGGGACAUGCUAAUGAUACAUGCCCGUUAGGGUUUAAAGGGUAUUUGUUGUACAAAACUAAAGGGAUAAAGGCAAAAAUGACGCGUUGCGCAUGCGUAUUGACUACCAGUGACCAGAUUUGGGUUUUUGUAAAGGAGGACACUUUUUUUGGGGGGGAGGGGCGACUGCUGGGCCGCUGACUGGACCGAACCGGACCAGGCACCAGCUGGGGACGGAGCUACCGAACCUGUCCCUAUCCGCCAGAGUUCCCGGACCAGCCCUGGAUAUAUCCAUUAAAAUCCCAGACUAUUUUGAAAUUCACCCCAGACAUUUUUAAGGUAUGAAAAAUAGGAAAUGUCCUGGAAAAGGAAGACGUCUGGUUACCCUAGUAUUGACUAAAGGUAUAAUGGUCUGACGGGGUAUGCUGAUCUGACGGGACACAGGAUAUCACCAAUUUAGAUUUAAACAAGAUCCUGUAUUUCGGUCUAAAAGUGUAGCUGAAGGGCAGGGAGAUGAAUCAGAGUCAUUGUUUGGAACAGAGAAAUAAGGCUGAAUUUGUUUAGUAAAAUUCAGCAACUGAUAUUCUUGGAGAUUUUGUUGCCGUCACAAUAUAUUUCCUCUACUUAGAGCAAAAUGGAGGUAAAGGCCUUUUAAAAAGAUAACAGUCAGAAUAUAUUUCUAAGCUGCAUUAUUGUGUCCAGAAUAUGAAAUAGUUGAGCCUUACAAGACUACAGGCGGCCUUCUUUUAGCUGUAGCCCCAGAGGCUAAUGCUAACAGCCAAGACCAAAGCUGUGGGGGUUGGCGGCCUAGUGGUUAGGGCAUAGAGCCCCACUCCCAAAGUGCUGCCACUCUGGGUCCCUGAGGAAGACCCCACACUGCUCCCCGGGCGCCGCACAAUGACAGCCCACUGCUCCCCAAGGGGAUGGGUUAA